ACAGAUUGAUGAAGGUGAUGGAAGGAAUUAUGAAUGAUAAUCAGUCGGCAUUUGUGAAAGGAAGGCAACUGAUGGACAGUGUGAUAGUCCCAAAUGAAACAAUAGAUGAAGCAAAGAAGAAGAGAAAAAGGAUUUUCAUUUUCAAGGCGGAUUUUGAGAAGGCGUAUGAUAAUGUUUGUUGGGAUUUUUUAGACUCUAUGCUAUCCAGCAUGGGGUUUGGAGAUAAAUGGAGACAAUGGAUAAAAGAAUGCCUUGCCUCAAGUUCAGUGUCAAUCUUAUUGAAUGGCAGUGCAACAAGGGAGUUCAAAAUAAGCAAAGGACUUAGACAAGGAGACCCACUCUCCCCUUUUCUCUUUUUAAUUAUUGCAGAGGGGUUAAAUGGGAUUAUUAACUAUGCGGUGGAACAUAAUCUAUUCAAGGGUGUAGCAGUGGGGAAGGGAAGCUUGAUGAUCACACAUUUGCAAUUUGCAGAUGAUACAAUAUUGUUCGAAGAGGCAACAGAGGAAAAUAUGAAAGCACUAAAAGGCAUCAUGAGGACUUUCGAGUUGGUGUCAGGUCUGAAAAUUAACUACAAUAAAAGCCAGCUUAUUGGUGUAAAUGUUAAAGAGGAAGAGGUGAGCAAAAUGUCCCACUUUUUGAAUUGCAAUAUUGGUGAGCUUCCGAUGAAAUAUCUGGGAAUGAUGAUUGGUAUGAGUACUCGUAGAUUAAAGAUGUGGAAGGGGCUGAUUGAUAAAUUCAAGAAAAAAUUAUCUGGUUGGAAUAAUAAAUAUCUAUCUUUGGGAGGAAGAAUUGUCCUGAUUAACUCUGUGCUUACUAGUCUUCCUGUGUUUCUCAUGUCCACUUACUUACUUCCAAAAGGUGUAAUUAAAGCUAUUGAUACCAUACGUAGGGGCUUCUUAUGGGGAGGGAAGGAAGAGGGAAAGAAAAUUGCCUGGGUUGGGUGGGAUAAAGUGUGCAAAGGAAAAGAGGAUGGGGGUUUAGGCAUAAAAGAUUUGAGGUUGUUUAAUUUAGCUCUCCUAGGAAAGUGGUGGGGAAGAUUAGGUGAUGGGAGUAAGGGCUUAUGGAAGAGGGUGUUGGAGGAGAGAUAUGGGAAGAAUGGGACAAAUUGGCAUGAUUGGAUGAGGGAGGGUAGAAAUAUAAGUUCAAAUUGGUGGAGAGACAUAUGUAGUAUAAACUGGGGGUGUGUGAACAAAGAGGAGUGGUUGGAAUUGAGAUUUAGUGUAGAAGUAGGAGAAGGAAACGAAGUGUCUUUUUGGAGGGAUGUCUGGGUGGGAAAUGGGUGUUUAAAAGAGAAAUUUCCAAGAUUAUAUCUUCUUUUUGCAGGUAAAGGAUGCACAAUCAAUGAAAUGGGCCAUUGGGAGGGUGAUGCAUGGAGAUGGUGCUUAAAUUGGCGAAGACAUUUGCUGGUUAGGGAGGCAGAGCAGGUCACGGAGCUCAUGGAAAUUAUACAAGGAAUACAACUAAGAAAAGGAGUGAAGGACAGCUGGCGAUGGGCACAUGACAAAGGGGGCAACUACAACGUGAAAUCUGCCUAUGCUUUGUUAGCAAGGGACGAGGCUUUGGAAGGUAGAAAACUACUAAAGAAGUGCUGGAAUCCUACAAUUCCUAGCAAGGUAUGUGCAUUCACUUGGCUAGUCCUCCAACACAGAAUCCCUUGCAAAAUAAACCUGAUAAAAAGGAACAUCACUAAGAAUGGGGAAGAAGACAAAUGUGGGCUUUGCAAAAAAUAUAGUGAGGACACUAAUCAUCUUAUGCUAGAAUGCGACUUUGUCUAUUCUUUAUGGAUGAAAUGUGCCAAAUGGUGGGGAGUAUCUCAUGUAAUGCAUCAAGACUGUAAAGCAGCUUUUGACCAGCAUAGUGGUGUAACAAAUGCAAGGACGAGCUGGCUAGUGAUAUGGUUUGCAGUGACAUGGACUAUAUGGGUAGCGAGAAAUGAUGCAAUUUUCAAUGAUAAGCAAGCUAAUGUGGAGGAUGGAUUGGAAUUAGUUCGGAGGAGAUCUUAUUUGUGGAUUAGUGGGAACAAAAGUGACUGGAAUUUUUCAUUUACUAAUUGGUGCCAAGACCCAAAUAGGUGCUUGAUAUUGUCAAAAUCAAAGAGAAAAUGAAUGUAGAUGGGUAAGAGUACCCCUUGUACUCUAAAAAUAAAUUAAAAAAAAAAGU